AUGUUAAAAUCAGAUGGGGUAGUUUUGUUGUAUAUACUUGUAAUAAAUUUAAUUUGUUGUCUUAAUGGGAACACUAAGAAAAGAGCUUAUAUUUUAAAUACGCCCAAAUCUUCAAAUUGUAAGAAAUCAUGUUUCAGAAGAUGGAAUACUCCCGUGAAUAAUAAUAUAAAUGAAUUGAAGGAGGACGAAGACCUAAUAAAAUAUGAACUACAAAAUGGAUUAAGCAACAUAAUAUAUAAGAAAAGAAAAAGUGUAAAUAAGAAAAAAUAUAUUUUGAAUAAUGAAAAUCAUGUAAUUCUACCAACAUACAAAAUAUCGGAUGAUUAUAAAUGUUAUGUUAAUCCAAUAGAUUGUAAUUAUGAAGAACUACAUGUUUAUAUGGAGGUAAAUACAGGAAGUGUCAAUGAAAAGAAAAAUCAACAAGGAAUUAGUCAUUUGUGUGAGCAUGUGUCCUAUAUGGGUUCUAAAAAUAGGAAAAAUAUAGUGGAUAAAAAUAUUAGAACUAAUGCAUACACCGAUUUCCAUCACAUCGUGUUUUACAUCAGCGUAAGUCUUAAUAAUGAAAUUUAUAAAGAAAAUUUCUAUAGCGAUUUUAAGUGCGACCAAUUUAUAAAAAGCAUACGAGAAGAAGAUAUUGAAGAUUAUGAUAUAUACACAGUAGAUGAAUUUAACUACAAGCAUGCAAUUUUAUCACAAUGUAUCGAUACCAUGGUAGAAGUACUAAAGGGAGAAACGCAAUUUAAUAAGGAGAGGAUAACAAAAGAGAAAAAGGCCAUUUUUUCAGAGUACAGUAUUAUAAAUAAUAUAGAAUAUAAAAUGAAUUCAGAUAUAAUAAAAGUACUACACAAGGAAAAUAGGUUAAGCCAUAGAUUGCCUAUAGGUAAACUAGAAUUACUAAAGCGAUAUGGAGAGAAAGAUGUAAAGGAAUAUUUUAAUUUAUUUUUUCGACCUGAGAACGUUAAUUUUUUUGUAUAUGGUGAUGUAAAUGUUGAUAUAGCACAAAAGUUAAUAUCCAGCAAAUUAGAGAAUAUUAAGGGUAAAGAUCUUAAAGAGGAAGAUAAAAUAUAUUUGAAUAUAUUGAAUGAUAAAUGCACAUUACGUUCUAGAAAUAAAAAUUUACCAGCAGUUUUUCAUAUGUUUGGUGACAAUUCUGAUAUAAACGUCAACAAAGAAGAAGUAAAAAACAAUAUACAAUUGAAUAAUAUAGAAAAAAAUACACAAACAAAGGAUGAAAAUUUUCAUAUUAAUAAUAAUAAUGAAAAUAUUAUGUUAAACGUUACAGACGAAAAUGUUGCAGAAGAAGAAUAUAACAAUAAAAAACAAAAUGAUUAUAAAACAUAUGAUGACGAUAACAUUAUUGAUCUUCAAAAAUAUAAAGAAUUAAAAAGGAAUGAAAAUGAUGUUGUGUGUGAAUUAAAAUUUAGAAAUUAUCUAAAAAAUAAAUAUGAUGUAAAUAUGGAAGAAGAGAAAUUACUAAACAAAAAUGAUAUGAAAAAUAUAAAUACAAGUUUUGAAAUUAUAAAAUAUUCAUUAAAUAAUGUGAAUAUAAAUAUUUUAUUAAAAGAGGAAAUAAAAAGUGUGAGAACAUUAGAAGAUUUGAAAAAAUCUGUUAUAAAAGAAAUAAUAUUUUAUUGUUUAUCAUUUAGAUUUAAUAUACAUAGAAAUAAUUUAUUUAAUAGUAUAGAUAUUAAUGAAUAUACAAAUAUUAAUGAAGGAGCUACUAUAAGGACUAUCGAAAUUAAAACAACCAUUAAGGCGUUUGAAAAAACAAUCGAAUGUUUUUAUAAUUUUAUUAAAAGUUUAUUAAAAUAUGGUUUUAGUGAAGAUGAAUUAUUAAAUUAUAAAAUGAAUGAAAUAGAUUAUGAAGAUGAUUUAAAGGACAUUGAAGAAAAAAAAGGUGGACAAAUAAUCGAUCAUCAAAAUAUAUCACAUGAAAUUUCAGAAACAUAUAGUAAUAGUAAUAGUAAUAAGCAUUCAUCUAAAAAUAUGAAAUUAAUACAUCCACAUGAUGAUAAUCAUCAUGAUACAGAAAAAGAUAUAAACAAUAAAAUGAAUGAACAAGAUGAAGAAUAUAUUUUAGAUUCAACUAAAAUUAAUGAAACAUAUACUGACGAAAUACAAAAAAUUAUUGAUUAUAAUACUUGUGAACAUAUAUAUCUUAAUGAGAAAAGAGAAAAGAAAUACAAAAAAGAAAUUUUUCACAAACUUAAAUUAGAAGAAAUAAAUAAUUUUGCUAAACAAUAUUUUCAAUAUUUGUUUAAUAUUUUUAAUCCAUAUUCUAAUAUGAAACCUCACUGCGUAGUUAUACAUGUUCCAUCGAAAGAUCAAAAUUUAUUUAAUAAAAAUAAUAUUAAAAAAUUAUUUUUUAACAAUAUAUAUUCAACUAAUGAUGUACAGAAUUAUUCUAUAAAUAUACAAAAUAAACUUCUAUCACCUCAUUAUAUAUAUGAAAAUAUAACAAAGAAAUUAUCUCAAUCACGAUAUGUAGUCCCACAAAAAAGAGAAUAUAAGUAUUCAAACGAUAUCUUUAAUUUUAUUGUUAAUAAAAUGGAACAAGAUAAAAAUGAAAGUAUUUUUGAUGUUAAGAAUGUGUUUCCAACUUUACAACUUUGUGGUGUAUCUACCAAUCCAGAUUUAAAUAUGUUUAAAAAAUUUUAUAAUAUAAAGGAAAACAAGCAUGAUCACCUAAAUAAGGUAAACGACCAUAUGAAUGAAACGACAUCAUUACCACAAACAAAUGAAUCUUCUGUGCAACAGAUAUUACCCCUUAGUUCUAACAAAAAUAAGAAUAAUUAUGUUGAUAUAAAAGAGAAACCACAAAGAGUAGAAAUAAAUAAUAAAGAAGAUAAUAUAUAUGACAAUAGUGUAUUUGAUAAUACAGGAAAGAAAUUAUCUCCGAAAGGGGUUACAUUAUUAAAUUUAAAGAAUUAUGUUUUAUCCUUAAAAAAUCAGAAAGAAAUAGAAAACUAUGAAUUGUUAAACGGUGUGAAAGUAAAUUUAUAUAAAACUAAAGUAGAUAAGAAAAAUAUUUAUAUGCGUUUAAUUAUUCCACAUAAUGAGAUAAUAAAAAAGAAGAAAGAAAAUGUGCAUCUUUUAUUAUUUUCUAUCAUAUGUUUAUUUGAAGGAGGAGAAAUCGAAAAUGUUAGUCGAGAGCAUGUAGAAAUACAUUGUAGUAAUAAGAGUAUUAAUAUAUAUAUUGAUAUCAAUGAUGAAUAUUUCUUUAUUGAUAUAUAUACACAUAAUAAAUAUGAAAAUAUAAGUUCAGCCUUUUCUAUAUUAAAUAAUAUCAUCUUGGAAACAAAAAUAGAGAAGACUGCUUUGCCAAGGGUAGUAGAUAAGUUAAAAAAGGAUUUCUUCGAAUAUAAAAAUAGUCUACAGUCGCUUUUACUUGGACAAACCAUUUCGUACGUAACGGGAGGUAAAAUAGGAUACCAAAAUUUUGAAGUUUCAGAUACUGAAAAUAUUACCAUGGAUGAUGUUCAAAGAAUGUUGAAACAUUUAUUUAGUGAUUUAAACUUAUUUGAAUUAACUAUUGUAGGUGAUUUUUCUGAUUUCAUACAUUACUAUAUAUUACAUUAUCUUGGUACCUUACAAGGGAAGAUAAUUGAAAAAGAAGGAGAAACGAAAGAAUCAGAUUUAUAUUUGAAAAACAAUAAGGAUAAUAUAAUAAUAGAAAACAAUCCUACAAAUAACUUAUCUAAUGAAUUAUAUUCCUUUAAUGAAAAAAACAAAAAAAAUCAAAAUAAUUUGUGUACGUCUAAUUCUGACUUAUUAUUAAAUGAUUAUUAUUCUAUGUUAUGUCCUUUUUCACAAUUCGAAGAAAAGUCAAAGAAUACAACUUAUGUUUAUAUAAAAGAAAAGGAAGAACAUGGAAUAUUUUUAUUAGUAGGAAAAGGAGCAAACACUUAUGGAUUUUUAUCUAAUGGGAUACAUAUAUCAUUUUAUUUAAUAGAAUAUUUAAAAAGAAUAAUUAGUGGGAUUGAAAAAAAAAAAAAUGUAAAAAGUAAAAAUGAUGAAAAUGUUUUUAAGGAUAAAAAUAUUUAUAGUGAUGAAUAUAUUUGUAACGAAUUAGAAAAAAUAAAAAGUCAAGUUUUAGAAGAUUUUCAUUUUAAAAAUAAAGAUAAAGACAAUAUAAAUGAAUAUCUUAAAAAGAAAAAAAAAUUAUAUACUAGUCCAUUAUUUUUUAAUGCAGUUUCAUAUAUUAUUCAAUAUAUCUUAAAUAGUAAAUUAUUUCAUUACUUAAGAGAGAAAAAAGAAUUAACAUAUGAUUCAUCAUUUGAAUUUAUAAGUUAUGAAAAAUAUUUUGCUGGAUUUUUUACUAUACUAGUACAAACAAACCCUAGAGAUUUGGAAUUAAUAAAAAAAGAGGUAUUAUCAUGUAUACAAUUAUUUACUACAAAUUAUAAUAACUUCUCAGAUUAUUUAAUUGAAAAUUCGAAAUUAUCAUAUUUAAAUAAAAAAAAUAAAGACUUAAAAUAUUUUGUAGAUAAAAUAUCUGGUAUGCAAUUAACUCAUUUUCCAUUAAAAUAUAAAAAUAAAAAUAUAUUGAAAGAUAAUAUAAUAUUAAAUAAAAUUGAAAAAAUUGAUGUUCUUCUUGUAUUGUUUAUUUUAUUUAAUCAAACAAAAAAUUAUCAUAUAUCUUAUGGAAUAUCAGCUCCACAGGAUAUAUGGAAAGAAACAUAUAAAAAUAUAAACAAGUUAUACUAA